CUUACAUCGUAGGGUAGCGUGUCUGUGACAGAUUUUCUAACCUGAAUAUAGUCGUCUACUUUAACGAUUCAUAAUAUUCAUAUCUCGGUUUGCGUAGCAGAGUGACGCAUAUUUCUGCUAGAUUCUUUUGUUUCAUGUGUCAAAUAAGCCUAAUUUCAUUGUUUUUUGUGCGGGGGAUAGUCCGAACAAUUACCGUACAUAUUAAAAUUUAUAGUGACAGGAUUAUCAGGGGUUAUUCUAAAUAAAUACCAAUUGCGAUUGUUGCCGAUUUUUGUCUCAAAAUUGGACUAGUCCAUAGUCGGAACAAGUCAAGUUUCAUAAAAUCAACAAGGCAAAUAUGGAUACACAAACAGUAAAUACUCGAAGAAAAAUAUUGAGUCAAGUAAUUUCUAGCAUUUUAGUAGAAUGUGGUUAUGAUACAUGUGAGAAACAAGUAUUGGAAACACUCACCGAAAUGUUACAGUCAUUUAUUGUGGAAAUUGGCGCUUCGGGAAGAAAUUAUUGUGAACUUUCUGGGAGAACAGAACCUCUUAUAGCAGAUGUGAUAUUGGCAUUAAUUAAUAUGGGCAUAAAAUUAGAUAAUAUAGAAACUUACGCAAAACGACAAAAUAAGACAGUCCUGCCGACACUUCAACAGCAGACGCAAGCAAAACAAUUGAAUAUCUUGCAAGCUGGUGUUAAGCAAAGCCAUCCAUCGCAUAUACCAAAUUAUUUACCAUCUUUUCCUGAUCCACACGCGUAUAUCAGAACUCCGACACAUAAGCAACCAGUAACUGAAUAUGAAGCAAUCAGAGAAAAGGUAGCAACGCAAAAACGAGAUAUCGAGAGAGCUUUAACAAGGUUUAUUGCCAAAACAGGAGAGACACAUAGUUUAUUUCUCACAGAAGAUAAUAGCAUGUUUCCUUUAAUAUCGUGCAAACCACAAUUUCCGAGUUAUAUCUCUGCUCUUUUACCUCAAGAUCAAAUAUUCGAACCAGAUCCAGAUUUUCAGUUUGAUUCAAGUCCUGUGAAAAAGAAGAAAGAGCAACAGAACGAAAAUACAGAAGAAGGUAACCAAACACGAAACGAAAAUAUGGAGCAAAAUGGUGAAACUAUUACUCAGCAAGAUAUUAUAGAUAAUCCGUAUUUAAGACCUGGAAAAAUUCCUAAAAAUAAAAUGUCAAGUACAACAAUACCUGGACAACAUUCUCUUAAAAAAGAGUUACUUGAAUGUUAAGUAUCAUGAUUAAUAUUAAUUACUGUAUAAAAUGAGAUUUGAAA